UCUUAAUUGUAUGGAAACGUAGAGUCAAAAUGUUUUUGUCAGCUGGUAGGCCCCGUGGUAGAACGUGAGAUGAUGAUGUGAGCCACGCCCCUUUAACCAUCACUGGGGCAGUUCAUAUGAACUUGUUUUUUCUGAUUUCCAGUUCUGAUUAGUUUUAAUCGAAACAAUGCAGCCUCCGGCCGUUUAAAAUUAUUGUGGGAGUUGACAAGUAAUUAAAUCUGCAGUCAAGCUAUUUAAUUAAUUUCAAAUGUGUUGUUUACUCUCUGCCAGUAAACGAAAGUGCAAAAAAAUGUUCAGAAAGAAAGAGGGCAUAAGAAAAAACUUCAAUGCUGGGAAACGAAACGUGGCUCUAUGUGUCAGCUUUGGACAGAAAUAUUUUGUAGUGGGUACGCCGACCAGACUUGCAGCCUUGGAGAAUUAACCAAUGCGGCAUAUUUUAUUAUCAAGCGAAACAUAAGACACGUUUUUCAUAAGAACCAGAUAGGUUCUUUCUUUAGAAGCUCGGUGUUCUCAAUUUGCGUGGUUGGCUGAUAGAGUCUGAUCUGUUUUGCUAGCAUGAGUUAACAUUUUAAAAAAGCGCAUUGCUUUUUAUAAUUUGUCAUCUGAGGUUGAGCAUCUUCGAUCCUUGAUGUUCUCAAAAAUUUUGUUCUUAGAAAUUGGAGAAUAGCUGCUCAUAAUUCCAUGGCACAUUUUUUGUAAUUUUGCGUUAAGUAUGUAUGGGUUGAAAACUCACUAGCUUUCUUCUUUUCUGUAGUAACAAAAUUCAUUUAAUACGCUAGCUAUGCCGCUAUCUGGAAGUGUAUUUUGCGAUCCGAAUGCCUUUCCAAGAGCCAGCAUACAAGCGUCCGUUUUUCAAGAAGCAAAAUAUUUUUAUCGAAUAAUUAUAUUCUAGUCCAAAAUGUUUUAGCUUUUAGCGGCCCGGGAGCCCUGUUUCCCGUAACCUCACCUUAACCAGUUUGAAAAUACUGAUGCAGCGCUAUACCUAGCAGGAUGCUAAGAAUAAUCCAAUGGUCCCGACGGAGCGGCAUGGAAAAUAGAUGUCAAAGGUGAGGUAGGUGGCCACGACUUUUACAGAAGCAAAAUUAUUUAAAUACUCUACCAUACAUUGGAUUUUAGCAUUAUUAGCCCCCUAAAACGUUUAAGGCCUCUUAAUCUGUGAUAUGUUCCGGGUCCUUGAUCCUAUCCUUUUGUCACUUCCCAUCUCCCUCCCCAAUAGCCUCUGUGGAGGAGAGUGUUGAUUGUACAUCACAGCUGUACCACAAGUGAUGAAAACCUAGCCUGUGCGCAUUCUUUCUUCCUCAGAAUGUUGGGUCACGCGCCUAGUUGCUGCUCCAAACUCAUGGUGGGAAAACGAACUAGUCUUUGUUUUAAUCGUAUGCACAUGCGCCGUUGAAAUCGAUGAUGUUAUCUUCCAAACGCUUAUAGAGUUCUAAAGUGUGAUGUCACCAAAAACUAUUUUUAGAAUAUCUGAAUUUUUAACUACAAGACAUAAGAGAUCGCCAUAAAAUACUUUCAAAUGUGAAACAUUAUGUUUAAAAUAUGUUUAAAAUCGGUUGAAAUACGGUCAAUGAAAGAUUUCAGGUUUGCUAACGUAUCACUGUUGUUUUGGCUCUGUUCAUAAAGGUAUGAACAGAUACCAAAAUACAGAGGUUUGAUGGGGAAAGAGCCAAUACACAUGUCCAGGGGCGCCUACCCUGGAGGGGCAGCUGCCUCUCUUGCCCUCGUCCAGGACUAUUCACACUUAAAAAAGGUUAUAGAAUCUUGUAGAUCAUUGAUGACUAGUUUAGCCACUCUCAAAUGUUAAUUUCCAUUAGAAAUUCAAAAAAAUAGAGAAGUCUCUCUUUUUCGCUGUUGGUUCUUGAUAGCUGACGACAAUCAACUUCAAAAACCAACGGUGUCUUAUUUGUCCAUCAUUACAACAAGGUUGUUACCUUUAUUCUAUGCCUUAAUAUAAAAACACAUUGAAGUAAACAAUUAUUUGAUUUACAUUUUAUUCUUGUGAUUAUUAUUUUCCUUUUUACACUCUCAAUUAUCAAUGAUUCCGCAACCAUGGGGUAUUGAGGCUAAGCAGACAAUCAAAGUUUCACAGCCAGCACAUUUAUAACUGCCAUGAUUCUUAUAAAAUCAAAACUUUCGCAUAAUGACAAGGCCAUUUAAUACCCACUUGCAUGGAGAAUUUUGUCAACAUUAUGCCUAUGUUUAGAGCCAAUGGUUGAAAAAAUCCCUGCUGUAGAGGUGGAACAGAUCCAUGAAAAUAUUUUAUUUUGCACUCCCCCACCCUUUACAAAUAACUGAUUUUGGUAGUGGAAUAAAUUCUACUAUUUGCCAUGAGCACCAGCACUGCCCUUCCUGCCUUAAUCUUGUGCAGGCGCCCCUGGCCAUAUCUCUGCCAAUUCGUAACACAAUUGACUAUUUCUGCACAUUUAGAGGUUCUUUAUGAUGUUCUUUCAGGUUAUGGGAUCCAAAUACAAAAAUUCUAAAAAUAGGAUUUUUAGCGAAUUUGUGGGUGCUUUUUCGGUGAAUAUUCAAAUUUGUCAGCAAAUUAGGGCUGCUUACACCCACUUUAGUUAAGAUCAAAUUAAGAACAAUCCAGCUUCAGAUUUUCGAAAAAAUUAAGAACAUUCGGCCUGAACUUAAAUUUACUGGUUCUUAUAAAAAAGAGUGUAUGGAUAGUGAGUCUAGUACCCAGGGUAGCUAUUGGCUGACCUGGAACUGGUCACAUGAUCUCGCUUUGUAUUGAUUAACAAAAGAAUUUUUAUCAUUACCAAGUUGUCAACAACGGAUGCCGAUAUCACAUAAAAACAACAAAGAUCACGCCGAAACCCAAUCGCCCCCUAUAGAGUAGGCCUAUUUACCCAGACUCGAUGUUUUUAUUAAAGUGAGGACAUUCGAACUGCUUCUAAAUCUCCAAAAUGAACGGAACAAUCUAUAAACUUGCUUUCUCAGUCGGCAUUGUUGGUGUUGUGCUCAUGAUAGCUGGCAUCAUUAAGCAAAAUCAUGAAAAUAACUGUCUACCGACAGAAAAUUCACAACGAAGCAGCAGCCCACAACUUAUGGCUUUUAUAAAAAAGGUCCAGAAAACUUACUAUGAGCUAUACCCGAAUAAGAUCGUUUACAUGCCUAAAACUACAGUCGCUGAUAUAAGAACAUUCUUCACCGCCUAUGACCCAAGCCCACGUGCGAUCAAGAUGCGAACAGAUAUAGCAAGAAAACUUUACGAAGAGAUAGACCACAUAAAAUUUGAUUUGAGAAGCAUCCCGCUUCGAGAAGGCAGGGCAUUGGCGAAGGUAAAGCAUUAUCUUCAAAGCAACUUUGGCACCCCAUAUGAUGAGAAUUAUUACGCCGGCGAUUGGAUGAUGGGGCCAAACUACUUUUGCUGGCAACCAAUUUGCAAGAUUGGCUCUGAUCUUGGUGCACAUUUCAAUACAAAAACAAAUGGAUUUCAACCAAAAAGCAUUGAAGACCUAGAAUUCGUGAUUAGAGUUAUACAAAAGCAUGGAAAUGCCUUAGAGCAGUAUGUAGAUAAUAUGAAAUACGGGGUAAAAGCGGGGAUGGUUCGCUCAGUCAAAGAUUGCAAAUCUGGGUUGAACUCGUUAUCAAGCAAAUUUCCAGAAAUCUCUGCAAAUACCGAAACAGCCAUUUACGAAGAAACCUUUAUUAAGAAUGGUAUAAAGCACAAAGACUACCUUAAGAAGCUUGACUCAUCUGUACAAGGAGCUUGGAGAUCAAAAUAUGGCAAGACAGUGGAGGGGUCAUUAAAUGCAGCCUUGCUAAACGACCUGGGAAAGCCAAUCAAAGCGUUCAUUGAUUAUGUGAAACUAAACUACAGCAGGCAUUGCAUACCAGAUGAUAAAGUCAGUGGCCUUGCUUCACUCCCUGUUGACUACGUAUGGCUGGAUCAACGUGAAGAUAAACAGCAACCAACACUGAAAAAACUGCCAACUGGUGAGGCACUGAAUGGGCCUAAAGCUUAUGAAAUGAUACUGCCAUAUUUUACUACAAACAGUAUGAAAGCAAAUGAGAUAUACGACCUAGGGAAACGAAUGCUUGAUUCUUUGUAUCCACAAGCUUUGGAAAUAGCUAAAGCAUAUACCAAAGAAAGUGACAGCGUAAAAGCAGCAGCUAGAUUCAAAGCAGAAUUCGUGGACAGCCCGAUGAGCUACUUCAAUGCCACGCCCAUUCCUGCAAACGAAUCCGGCAGGGAUGCCUUCCAGAAGUGUCAAAGCUUGGAAACAGCUAAAAAGUACUGUCCUGUCAGAUACCAGUCCAUGAUGAACUGGUUUGGUGAGGUAGAAGCGAUUAUGGCCACCUUGCACGCAAAAAUUGUAAAUAUGUUCUACCAGACAGGACCAAAGGCAUCUACGGCAAAUUGCCCAGUAAGGAUGGUUGCCGUGUUCAACCCGUCAGUUGGGCACCAAAGUUUCAGUGCCGCUGGAGCGAGAUGCAGAAGACCUUGUUACUACAAGCUACCAUUUUUCCUUACUCCACCAGGACCUCGGUAUGCCGCAAUCUCUAUCGCUGGGCACGAGGCUAGGCCAGGCCACCAUACUCAGGUAUCAUUCAUGGAACAUUACUUUUUCAACAUAACGUGAUUAGCUACUUCUAAGAUAAAGCGUGGAAAUAGAAAACCAUGCACACAUUAAGACAUGCGUCCUUUCAAGACGUAGUAGAGCUAAGUCCUAUUUCCAUUUAUUUUUUUCUUUCAAGUGCAGCGUGACUAUUGCGACCCCCAAACUGUAUCUAGUAACUUUUUUAGCUUCGCUCAUUGUGCUAGCUCUUUUUCACUUGAAUACUUUACAUACGGCAAUAUGUGUUUCUUCAGUGUGAAGGAAUACCUACAGAACAUAAAAAGAGGGAGAGAGGCUUCAAUCCUACCCUUUGUUAGAAAGUAGGGGGCCUCAAUCUUGCUGUCCUAGGAAUCCACGUACCCUCGGUGAAAUUUUCUUUCAUUGUUGACUACCAUUAAUCAACAGUCAUUUUUUAACCACAAUGAAGAGUGUAUAGAUUCUAUCUGU